UUUCAAUGAUCCCUAUAAUAUUCAGCCUAUUUUAACACCAUUAACUUUUUAUGAAACAUUCAGCCCAUUUUAAUCCGCUCAACGGCCCGCCCUACCCAACCAUUUCCCACCCUAUAUAUAAAGAUAAAAUCGAACCACAAAUACACUAUUGACAGAGAAGAAGAAAAAAAAAGGGAAAAAGAUGUCUAAAGCAGCAACCAGGGAGGAAGACAACAAGCUGACUAGCGAUCAAUCUGGUCAUAUAAAUCUCAAAGUCAAAACUCAGGACGGGAAUGAAGUUUUCUUUAGGAUCAAACGAAGCACUCAGCUCAAGAAGUUGAUGAAUGCUUAUUGUGACCGAAAGUCUGUGAAUUUCAAUGCAAUUGCCUUCUUGUUUGAUGGCCGUCGUCUUAGAGCAGAACAGACUCCAGAUGAACUGGAGAUGGAAGACGGUGAUGAAAUUGAUGCAAUGCUGCAUCAAACCGGAGGCACAACUCUUUGAGUUUUCUUUUCUUCCGUUUCAGUGGACUUUAAGACUUUUAUGUGUUUCAAGAUGGUAUGGGACUAGGUGAAAUGCUGGUUGUGCAAUUUUAGAACCUGUGGGGUGUAAUGAACAGGAUAAUGUUUGUUUGCUUUGUGUUGAAUUUAGUAACUAAUGUAACUUGACAUGAAAGUCAUUACUUGCUUCGCCUUUUAGUUUUGUGAAGCUGACAUGAAUUCAUAGUG